GUCGCAUCGUUGAUUGUGCAUUCACACUUACUUUUAACCCUGUUUAUGACCGUCUCAAAGAAGCUGUUAAAGAUGCCACUAAUACUGGAGUUCGGGAGGCAGGCAUUGACGUGAGAUUAAGUGAUAUCGGUGCCGCUAUUCAAGAAGUUAUGGAGAGUUACGAGGUCGAAAUUAAUCAAAAAACAUAUCAAGUGAAACCGAUUCGAAAUUUGAACGGACACUCGAUACUUCCGUACCAAAUUCACGCCGGUAAAUCUGUACCGAUUGUCAAAGGCAGCGCAACAGCAACAAAAAUGGAGGAAGGUGAAUAUUUUGCUAUUGAAACCUUUGGAAGCACGGGGAAGGGUUAUGUUCGUGAAGAUGGUGAAUGUAGUCAUUAUGCAAAACGUCAAGAUGUUCAUCAAACUACAUUACGUAUAAAGAAAGCCCAAUCUCUUUUAAACAAUAUUACUAAGCAUUUUGGCACCCUGCCAUUUUGCCGUCGAUAUCUCGACCGUAUAGGAGAAACUAAAUAUGCGUUAGCAUUAAAGCAUUUAGUUGAUAAUGGUGUAGUGGAAUCUUAUCCUCCAUUA